AUGCUUUCCCUGAGGGUCGCCUGCCUUGUCCUGAGUGUGGCCAGCACAGUCUGGACUGCAGACACCAACCCCGACACCGACACGGCAGGGGAAUUUGAAGCAGAAGGAGGAGCAGUGCGUGGCCCAAGAAUUGUGGAGAGACUUCCAAGCCACUGCAAAGAGACAGACUGGCCCUUCUGCUCCGAUGACGACUGGAGCCAAAAAUGCCCUUCAGGCUGCAGGAUGAAAGGCUUGAUUGAUGAAGUCAAUCAAGAUUUUACAAACAGAAUAAACAAGCUCAAAAACUCACUGUUCGAUUUUCAAAAGAACAACAAGGAUUCUAAUUCAUUGACCAGGAAUAUUAUGGAGUAUUUAAGAGGGGACUUCGCCAAUGCCCACAACUUUGAUAACGCAUAUGGCCAAGUGUCGGAAGACCUGAGACGCAGAAUUGAGAUCCUGAAGCGCAAAGUCAUAGAGAAAGCCCAACAAAUUCAAGUGCUGCAGAACAAUGUCAAGGCUCAGCUGAUAGACAUGAAGCGCCUGGAGGUGGACAUUGACAUCAAGAUCCGCUCUUGCAAAGGGUCCUGCAGCAGGGCUGUAAACCGUGAGAUCGACCUAAAUGACUACCAGAGUCAGCAAAAGCAACUCGAACAGGUCAUCGCUAAAGACUUGUUCCCUGCCGAACACAGGCGGUACUUGCCAACCUUAAAGAUGGCUCCAGUUCCUGACUUGGUUCCCGGAAAUUACAAGAGCCAGCUUCAGGAGGCCCCUCCGGAAUGGAAGGCAUUGACGGAAAUGCGGCAGAUGAGAAUGGAGCUGGAGAGGUCCGGGAAGGUUGGGGGUUCACGAGGAGAUUCGAGAGGCGACUCUCCAACACACGGACCAGGUUCAGGGAAAGAAAACCCCACGAACCCUGGACCUGGCGGGUCUGGGUAUUGGCGUCCUGGGAGCUCUGGGACUGGAAGUGAUGGAAGUCAUAACCCGGGCACCACGAGUUUUGGUGGUACUGGAAACUUGGGUUCUGGAAGCUCUAGACCUGGAAGUUAUAGGCCUGAUAGCUCAGGUUCUGGGGUCCUCAGACCUAGCAACCCUGACUGGGGUGAGUUUUCGGAGUCUACAGGAAGUACCAGCUCAGGGUCAAAGAAAGAGUACCACGCAGGUACAGUGGUCACCUCUAAAGGAGAUAAAGAGCUCCUGAUUGGAAAUGAAAAAGUCACCUCUACUGGCACAAGCACCACGCGUCGUUCGUGCUCUAAAACCAUUACCAAGACUACUACGGGUAAGGAUGGUCGCCGAGAAGUGGUGACGGAAGUGAUCACGUCGGAUGAUGGCUCUGACUGUGGCGAUGUACCUGACUUCGAUACGACCCACAGCUUUAGUGGCAGCCUUGAUGAAUUAUCCCGAAGGCAUCCCGACCAUGCUGCUUUUUUUGACAGACACUUCGAUUCACUCUCACCGAACUUCAAGGAACUUGGCAGUAAGACCCAGGCUAGGGGCGCCGAUUCUGACAUCUUCACAGGCAUUGAUAAUCCUGGCUCCCAUGUACCUGAGUUUUCUACCAGUAGUAAAACCUCGACUGUCAAAAAGCAACAGGUGACCAAGAGCUAUAAAAUGGCAGAUGAGGCAGGAAGUGAUGCCCACCAUGAGGAAGAAAGUCGGACCACCACGAGGGGCCAUACCAAAUCGCGCACGUCCAGAGACUGUCAUGAUGUCCUCCAAACUCAUCCUUCAGGUGCCCAAAGUGGCAUUUUCAGUAUCAAGCUACCUGGAUCCAGUAAGGCUUUUUCUGUUUAUUGCGAUCAAGAGACCAGUUUGGGAGGAUGGCUUUUGAUCCAGCAAAGAAUGGAUGGAUCACUGAAUUUUAACCGGACCUGGCAAGACUACAAGAGAGGUUUCGGCAGCCUGAAUGACAAGGGGGAGGGGGAGUUCUGGCUAGGCAAUGAGUACCUCCACUUACUCACUCUGAAGGGCUCUGUCCUCAGGGUUGAGUUACAGGACUGGGAUGGGAGGAAUGCUUAUGCGGAGUACCACUUCCGGGUAGGCUCGGAGGCAGAGGGCUACGCCCUGCAGGUCUCCUCCUACCGGGGCACUGCGGGAGACGCUCUGAUGGAAGGUUCUGUUGAGGAGGGGCCAGAAUACACCUCACACAGUAACAUGCAGUUCAGUACCUUUGACAGAGAUGCAGACCACUGGGAAGAGAACUGUGCAGAGGUCUAUGGGGGAGGCUGGUGGUACAACAGCUGUCAGGCUGCCAACCUCAAUGGCGUCUACUACCGUGGGGGCACCUAUGACCCCAGGAACAACAGCCCUUAUGAGAUAGAGAAUGGGGUGGUCUGGGCUCCCUUCAGAGGAGCAGAUUAUUCCCUCAGGGUUGUUCGGAUGAAAAUCAGACCUCUGGGGGAAUAGUAGCUGAAGGAAUAGAGAGUGGGGGGUCCUGUUUCUGUUGGUUAGGUGAGACGAAAGAAAACAA